GCAAACUCUGGUGAAGGAUACGAAGGAUUACACAGUAAAGAAAAUGGAACAUGAAGGCGUAACCUGUUGGAAAACAUUGUAGAUAAUUGAACAUGCACUCUGUAUUACAGGUAGGACUUCAGAGGUUACCACGUUGGAUUUAAAGAAGGAAAAAAGUGUGGGGGGAAAAAAGGUAUCUAUGGAACUCUUUUUCUGCGAAUAUGACGUCUGUAACUUGAAUAUUUUAAAAAUCGUGGAGUUAACACUAAAAAAAAUCCCAUUGGUUAAUUUGAUUUUAGUUUCAAACAAUUGAAGCCUUUUUUUCGAGAGGAAAAAAAAGUGUAAAUUCUUUAGGUGGAACAGAAACAAAGAAUUGAAAUGUGUUGCUGAUUUUGUGAAAUAAGUAUCCUUCACAUGGUCGCGCACGUGCAUGCCCCUUGUGCUUUAUGCAGUGGCAAAGCGCCUCAUACAUUGGAUGAUGAUAAAAACGGUUGUUUCCGUAAUUAGUGGAGAUCCAAGGAGUCAAAUUACGCUGUCCUUCAGAAGUGUCACAAGUAAACAGACUAAGCUAAGAGUGUACACUAGGAAUAAGAGGAAGAAAGGUGCCGCGGCAUGUUUCCUAGGGAACGUGUGUUGUUUGGAUUGUUGUUAAUGGGUUAGCGCUCGGUUUACGUGCACGACAUUAACUCUCUAACACUAACAUUAUAUUCUUUCAGCACGAAUACUGACACCUCUAGAGCAACAACAGAAAAUAUAUGUUUGUGUAACUAUAGUUGCACCCAUCUUCCUAGAAUUUUCAGUAACAAAAAUAGUUCUCUAGAAGUAGGAUUCUACAGUGUUACCUUAGGGAUCUGCGUUAUUGAUUUUUGAUUUACAGUUACCUGUUGCAAAUUUACAUAGGGUUUGUUCGGGUGCAGGGAUUAACGUUAUCCGAGUGAAGUGUUACCAUGGUGACUGCAGGUCUUUUCUUUACAAAACAGCGUUGCACCUAAAAUUUUCCAAUAGAACUCAAACGUAUCGCGAAACAACCUAAUCGAAACGAAAUCUGAUAAAUGAAAUUUCCUUGAAAGGUUUCUAUUAUUUUGUUACUGUAUGUAUAGAAACCUACAUAAAUUUUAACUUAAUAGCUUCCUGAACAUUAUCCGUUACCAUGCCAACGUCUAACACGGCAUCCUCGAAACCUCUGCAUUUUAGGUAAACUAAAGAAGAACUGUUUAUACCUACAGUCAGAAAGAAAUGGCUAGUCCUAGUAAAAUGAUUUUGACGUACAUUAGGUCAUUUUACUGUCGGAACACUGCAGUUUCCAGAGCAGAAAAGUCGUCACAAACGUCAGGCCAAAGUCCUGAAGAAACACGCUCUGGAAGAACGUCCAAAUCUUCAAGCAUUGUUUCCCGUUCUCAUAGAAGCUCACGUGCGUCACGCAGUAGCUUUGAUGUGGACGAUGGAAGUGGACAAAAUAGGAAUCUUCUGGACUCGUCCAGUCCAUCUGGUCUGGUUUUACACGCUAUGCCCCAGCGGCGGGAGUCCUUUCUAUACAGGUCGGACAGCGAGUUUGAGAUGUCGCCUAAGUCUGUGUCCAGACAUUCUUCUAUUGGUAGUGAGUCACAUGGAGAUCAAGAUCUAAUAGUAACACCAUUUGCUCAAAUUCUUCAAAGUUUAAGAAAUGUACGGAAUAACUACAUUACUCUUGCCAAGGUGCCAGCAUACAAAUCAAGAAGAUCUUCACCAAGUAAUAACACUUCUUCAGUGUCAAGCAAACAACUUACAGAAGAUCAACAUGGCAAGUUAGCAAUGGAAACUCUUGAGGAGCUUGACUGGUGUCUUGACCAGCUGGAAACUAUACAGGCACACAGAUCUGUGGGAGAUAUGGCUUCUAGUAAGUUUAAGAGAAUGUUAAACAAAGAACUCAGCCAUUUCUCAGAAUCUAAAUCAGGAAGUCAGAUCUCAGAAUACAUCUUCAGCACAUUUUUGGAUAAACAACAAGACAUUGAUAUUCCAACAAAACAGAUUGAGGAUGGAUAUCACAAUCACCGGCCCCAGCACAAAGCAGGACAUGCUAUGUCUCAGAUUUCUGGGAUUAAGAAACAUUUAUGUCACACAAAUAGUAUUACAAAGCUACCAAAAUAUGGGGUAGAUACUCGACAUGAAGAGGAACUUGGGAAGCUUUUAAAAGACAUAGAUAAAUGGGGAAUAGACAUUUUCAGGAUUACAGAAUGUUCUAACCAUCGCCCCCUUACUGCAAUGAUGUACACAGUCUUUAGAGAAAGAGACUUGCUAAACACCUUCAAGAUUCCAGCAAAAACUUUUAUAAAUUUCCUUCUGACUCUGGAAGAUCAUUACCUUAAAAUCCCAUAUCAUAACAGUAUCCAUGCAGCUGAUGUAACCCAAUCAGUUAACGUCCUGCUGCUCUCUCCUGCAUUUGAUUCUGUCUUUACUGACUUGGAAAUUCUUGCUGCAUUGUUUGCUGCUGCAAUUCAUGAUGUGGAUCAUCCUGGAAUGACCAAUCAGUAUCUGGUCAACACUAUGUCUGAGCUAGCAAUAAUGUACAAUGAUGAAUCUGUUUUGGAGAACCACUCUUUAGCUGUUGCCUAUAAACUUUUACAAGAUGAAAAUUGUAACAUUUUUGGUAGUCUAAACAAAAAACAAGGACAGACACUCAGAAAGAUAGCAAUAGACAUGGUUCUGGCCACUGAUAUGUCCAAGCACAUGAAUCUCCUUGCUGAUUUAAAGACAAUGGUAGAAACAAAGAAAGUUUCUGGAACUGGUGUAGUUCUUCUAAACAACUACACCGAAAGGAUUCAAGUCCUUCAGAACAUGAUUCAUUGUUCAGAUCUCAGCAGUCCAACAAAACCUUUAGAGAUGUACAAGAAGUGGGUGGACCUUCUUAUGGAAGAGUUCUAUCAACAAGGAGACAAAGAAAGAGAACAAGGCCUUGACAUCAGCCCCAUGUGUGACAGACACAAUGCUACUGUUGAGAAGUCUCAGGUUGGGUUUAUUGACUACAUUGUUCAUCCACUGUGGGAAACAUGGGCCGAUCUUGUUCAUCCCGAUGCUCAGGAUAUCCUAGAUACACUAGAAGAGAACAGGGACUGGUACCAAAGCAUGAUCCCUGCCAGCCCCACCACCAGUACUUCUGAUCUCAGCCAUGAUCAACGAUCUGGUGGAGAAUGCUCAGGCAAUAGUACAAACCCACCAUCAAGAUUUCAUAAGUCAUCAGAUAAAAUCAAAUUUCAGAUUACCCUAGAAGAACCAGAGGAAGAAGACUUGGAGGAAGAGAAGUUUAAUAAAGGAGAGACCUAGUAGAUUUCUAGACUAUAAUGAACUAAAGGAAAGUGAACCUUUGUGAUAUGGAGUAGCUGUCUAUAAGAUGAAACUUUCUGGUUUAGUGUACAAAAUGAAACUGUCUGGUAUAGUAUAGAAAAAGAUUUUUGGAGUUAUUUUGUGACAGUGAGCUCAGAACUGCCAUGAUGACAUCAAGAAAAUGUCCCUCAAGAUAUUCAGCACGUGGAAGAAGGAAAAAGCUGAUGAUAUAAUCUAGUCCUUUGUCUGUAUUACUGAAUAAAUAAUACUCAGCUUGUCAGUGCUGAACUACAACUUAUUGUGUGCAUUAAAAAUAUGUAUGUUUGUUAAAUUUUUUGACAGUAUUUACCACCCCAUCUCCUUUUCUUAUUGUCAGGUUUAAAAGGCUGGUGUAUAGAUUUUAUUAUUAAUACACUUGUUAAUAUUUAAUGUAAUUCUGAAUAAUUUGCUGUUUAAAGUAACAUACCAGUUGAUGAUAUUUGAAAAAGUUUGAUUAGUUUUUUUUUCAGUAUUUGAGUUCUUGCAAACACUUAGACCAGGAAUGUUCAAGAUUUGUUUUAAUGCUUAUUAUUAAAUAAAAAAGUAGUUUUGUAGCUAAAAGUAAUCAAUUUGCAAAUUCAAUAAAUAAUAAGAAAACUAUGUGUUAAUAAAACCAAAAACUCCUACUGCAAAGUAUCUUUUCUCCAAAACAGUCUUUCACAAACAUUUUUCUGGUAUUAAUGAUACAUUAUGUAGUUUUUAAUUCAUCAGUUUAAUACCCAGUACUUAUGAAGCUAGAAGUAAAGUUAUUAAUUUGAAAUUAUCAAAAUCUAAUUUGGACACUAUAGUGAUGUAGCAUAAAACUUUUUCAGUCUAAUAAAGUACUGAAGAGACAUUUAAUUUAUGUUCAAAAGUCUAGUACUGAACCCACACUAUGAAUUAAAUCAUUGUAAUGCAUCUUACAUUAAAUACAAUCUUAAAGAAAUAACUAUAUGCCUAAAAAGAAAAAAUAAUUUCUUUAUUGAUACAGAAUUCAAAUUGGUACCUUCUCAGGGUUAAAUUAAUAUUAGUAAAGAAAAGUCCAAGGUUUAAUCCCUUACUGUUUAACAGUUUGUUUUUUAUUUUUUUCACAAGCAUUUUUUUAAUAAUGUGAAUCUGCCAUUUGGGAGUUAUAGAAUGAAAUUUCUGCGUUUUAUGAGAUUUAUAUGUAUAGAAUGUGAAAAAGUUAGAACAGAGUAUGUAUAUAUAUGUAUAGAGAGAGAUUAAACCUUUGUGAAUGAUGUGUGAACACAUAUUUUGUCCUAAGAAACAUGUAAGAAUGAGGGUAAAAUAUCGCUUUCUGAAACAAAACAUGAAAAAGAAUAGGUUCAUAGAUAACAGCAAGUUUGGUAGAGUAAAUUUUUGUAGUACACUUCAGAUAACUCCCUGCCUAAAAUAAUUCAGUAGUAGAACCAUAUUCCGAGUAUCUCUUUCACGAUCUUUUUCGCUCUCUACAUAUAUAUAAAUAUGUGUGUGUGUGUAUAAAUGGUUUUCACAAACACUGAGCAAAAGAAAUGCUAUACCUGAAAUUAUAAUGUGACUUACUGUGUUUUGAUUCAAAGUUAAAUUAUUAACUUACAAUUUAAUACGUUGUCAUGGUGAGCUUAUAGUGAUUUUAUUAACUUCUUGUCUUUCGCUUUGUAGUGGUUUUUCAAUGAUGAUAUCAAUGUGGAUAAAAAGUCUUAACUAUUUACGAUCUUUGAUACAGAUAAAUAGAAAGGUAGUGCUAGCGUAUUUUACGCUGUUGACAUUUAAAUCUAAACUUCAGCUAAACAAUAAUAAUAUCACUGGCUGUACUGGCCAGCUUUAGUAGUUAGCUGACAUUUGUAAACCAAAGUUGUUGUUACUAGGUGUAUAAAAGAGUUUAAAUUAUUACUAUGUUGAGAAUUAUAGUAUUGGUUCUAUGUUUAGUGAAGUUAGAAGUCAUGUUUAGAGCUUUUUACUAAGAUAUGUCUUUAAAAAAUGUAGAAAUAUAUUUUCUAAAUUCACUUUUAAUCGUGUCAGGAUUUUUACUUUUAAGACUGUGCAUGUUUUGUUGUUUAUUAACAGCUUUGUGUAUGAAUAAAAUAGCUCGAGUGAAUGAGAGAGUGUCUUUAAAAGAAUAUACGAAAGUUUUUAUGAGUGAUCUCAAAUGAGAAGCCAAAUCUAGUCUUAAGUCAUUGGAAUUAUGUUAAUUUCGUUGUGAUGAUUAUCUGUAUCUUAAGCAGGUGUAUUCUAGAACUGAAUUAUGCACAGAUAAUCCCGGCUGUCAGAAUAUCUAUUGUAUCUCUUACAGCAAGAAGAAUAUUUAAAGUUAGUACCUUUAGAGCUACCAUAUAUAACAACUUCAUUUGCCUUGCCAGAAAAUAUCAUACUUGCACAUCUCAAGUGGAUGGAUUGUAUAGUCAUUUUGUGUUACUUUCACAAAGAAACGCCGACAAACAAGCUUCCUCGACAUUGUUAGAUGAGAAAUAUGGCAUUACGCUUAAAGCUUACUUAACAACGCAACAAUAGCAUGUGUGAUUAUAAAAUGUCGCUUACGUAAAGUACUGUCAUUUGCUAGUGUUUCCUGUCGUAAAGGGAAGAAAUGGUGUUUUGGAAUAUUGAUUAAAGAGUUAAAAGCUUCCAGUAUUACAGGAUUACCUGAAAUAAACGCAUGCUGUUUGUCAUUUUUUACAGUAUCUAAUGUACAUUUGUAUAUUUAUGAAACGUCAAAAUAAAGACUUGUUCAUACGAGUAAUAUGUUUUGAACUCGGAAUAUAA